ACAUAGGGGGUCAUGGAAUUACUCCAGUCCGAAGGACGUUCGAUAAGCAGUCGCAUGGCGAGCUGGAACGUGGAGGAAGUGAUAGGGUCGAGCAGGCGAAGCAGCCGGACAGCCGAAGAGGACGAGGAGGCUCUUAGAUGGGCAGCCCUCGAAAAACUUCCAACCUAUGCAAGAAUGAGGACAGGCAUUCUUAAAUCUAUCGAAAACAAUGAUUCAAGCAAGGUUGUGCAUGAACAAAUUGAUGUGAGGAAGCUAGACGUGAAUGUUAAACAAGAUUUUAUCGAUAGACUCUUUAGAGUUGCUGAGGAAGAUAACGAGAAGUACUUGAACAAGUUUCGAACCAGAAUUCAAAAGGUUGGGAUUAAUCUUCCGACAGCCGAAGUUCGAUUCGAGAAUCUUAAGAUUGAAGCAGAGUGUUAUGUUGGCAAUAGAGCUCUACCAACAUUGGCCAAUGUCACCAUGAACAUCUUUGAGUCGGCUCUUGACACCAUUGGAAUGGGAGCCAAGAAGACAAAACUCACAAUCUUAAAGGAUGUCUCUGGCAUCAUUAAACCCUCAAGGAUGACACUUCUAUUGGGCCCGCCAUCCUCCGGCAAGACAACCCUUUUAUUGGCCUUGGCCGGAAAAUUGGACCCCAGCUUGAAGGCGAAGGGAAAAAUUACAUAUAACGGACACAAACUAAACGAAUUUGUGGCACAAAAGACCUCGAUCUAUAUCAGCCAAAAUGAUGUUCACGUCGGAGAAAUGACCGUAAAAGAAACCCUAGAUUUCUCGGCUAGAUGUCAAGGAGUUGGAAUAAGAGAAGAGAUGUUAGUCGAGCUCAUGAGGAGAGAAAAGAAAGCUGGAAUAAUUCCAGAGGCUGAAGUUGACCUAUUCAUGAAGGCAACGGCUAUGAAAGGGGUUAAAAGUAGUCUCAUUACUGACUACACAUUAAAGAUACUAGGGCUCGACAUAUGUCGGGAUACAAUAGUUGGUGAUGAAAUGAAUCGUGGCGUGUCUGGAGGUCAGAAGAAACGAGUUACUACAGGUGAAAUGAUAGUGGGUCCAACAAAGACACUUUUCAUGGAUGAGAUAUCAACCGGUUUAGACAGUUCAACCACUUUUCAAAUAAUCAAAUGUUUACAACAAAUCGUCCAUCUCACAGACGCCACCAUUUUCAUCUCCCUCCUCCAGCCGGCGCCGGAGGCUUUCAAUCUCUUCGACGAUAUCAUCCUCUUAUCCGAAGGCCAAAUCGUCUACCAGGGCCCUCGAGAACACGUUCUCCAAUUCUUCGAAACCUGUGGUUUCAACUGCCCGGAGAGGAAGGGCGCAGCCGAUUUCCUACAGGAAGUUACCUCCAAGAAGGAUCAAGAGCAGUAUUGGACCGAUAAAGAGACGCCUUAUAGAUACGUAACCGUCAGUGAGUUCGUUCAGAGAUUUAAAACCUUCCAUUUAGGUUUACGCCUCCAGAAUGAGCUCUCGAUUCCAUUCGACAAGAGUAGAAACCACAAUGCCGCUCUCGUCUUCAACAGGUACUCGGUUCCUAAAUUGGAACUUCUCAAGGCGUGUUUCGAUAAAGAAUGGCUGCUCAUCAAGAGGAAUUCGUUCAUGUACGUUUUCAAAACUGUUCAGAUCAUCAUUGUUUCGAUCAUCGCGUCGACGGUUUUCCUUAGGACGGAAUUGGAUACGAGGAAUGAAAACGAUGGGAUAACUUAUAUAGGUGCUCUCUUGUUCAGUAUGAUCGUUAACAUGUUCAAUGGAUAUGCUGAAUUGCCACUCACUAUACAAAGACUCCCUGUUUUCUACAAGCAUAGAGAUCUCUUGUUUCAUCCUGCUUGGGCGUGUACGCUUCCUAACUUCUUGCUUCGGAUGCCAAUUGCAAUGUUUGAAUCCAUCGUUUGGCUUGUCAUGACUUAUUACACUAUCGGUUUUGCUCCUGAAGUUGACAGGUUCUUUAAGCAACUGCUGAUAAUAUUCUUGAUUCAACAAGCUUCUUCGGGGAUCUUCAGGCUCAUUUCUGGAGUUUUCAGGACUAUUGUUAUUGCCAACACGGGUGGAACUCUUGUUCUUCUCCUCAUAUUCCAGCUCGGUGGUUUCAUCCUUCCAUACGAUCAAAUUCCAAAGUGGUGGCAAUGGGGUUACUGGGCAUCUCCAUUGACUUAUGGGUUUAAUGCAUUAGCUGUUAAUGAGAUGUUUGCUCCAAGGUGGAUGAAUAAGUUGGUAUGUUAUAUUUUCUUCAUUGCAUCGGACGGUGUAACAAAGCUUGGUGUUGCGGUUUUAAAUGUCUUUGAUGUACCUGUUGAACCAAAUUGGUAUUGUAUUGGAGUAGGAGCGCUUUUGGGGUUCAUAGUUCUCUUUAACAUUUUCUUCACCCUCGCACUGGCAUACCUAAACCCUCUUGGGAAGGCACGAGGAGUAAUACCCAAAGAGAAAGUUAGUCAAGAAGAAACAAAGGAAUCUUUCCCUCAAAAUAAUUCUAGUAAGGAUUAAGAAAGAGAAACAACCCGAUCAAAUUCCAAUGGAAUCGAUAGAAACAAAGGUAAGAAAGGAAUGGUGCUUCCGUUCACUCCACUAGCCAUGUCUUUCGACAAUGUGAAUUAUUACGUGGACAUGCCUCCUGAAAUGAAAGGGCAGGGAGUAACCGAAGACAGGCUUCAGUUACUCCGUGACAUAACGAGCGCGUUUAGGCCUGGCGUUCUAACCGCACUCAUGGGAGUGAGUGGUGCCGGAAAGACCACCCUCAUGGACGUCCUAUCCGGCAGGAAAACCGGAGGUUAUAUCGAAGGUGACAUCAGAAUCUCCGGUUUCCCCAAGAAACAAGAAACCUUCGCCAGAAUAUCAGGAUACUGCGAACAAACCGAUAUUCAUUCUCCCCAAGUCACAGUUCGAGAAUCCUUAAUCUACUCUGCUUUCCUCCGACUCCCCAAAGAAGUCAGCAAGAAUGAGAAGAUGAUAUUCGUGGACCAAGUGAUGGAACUAGUCGAACUAGACAACCUCAAAGACGCCAUUGUUGGUCUCCCCGGGAUUACAGGGCUAUCGACCGAACAGAGGAAGAGAUUGACGAUAGCAGUUGAGCUCGUUGCUAACCCUUCCAUCAUUUUCAUGGAUGAACCCACGUCUGGACUGGACGCUAGAGCAGCUGCCAUUGUUAUGAGGACGGUUAGGAAUACAGUUGAUACAGGAAGAACCGUCGUGUGCACUAUUCAUCAGCCAAGUAUAGACAUCUUUGAGGCCUUUGACGAGCUUCUUUUGAUGAAAAGUGGAGGCCAAAUUAUUUAUUCCGGCCCCUUGGGUCGAAACUCUCAUAAGAUCAUAGAAUAUUUUGAGGGUAUCCCCGGAAUUCCCAAAAUCAAGGAAAUGUAUAAUCCUGCAACAUGGAUGUUGGAAGUAAGCUCUAUCGCGGCGGAAGUGAGGCUCGGGAUCAACUUCGCAGACCUCUACAAUUCGUCAACCUUAUACCAGCGAAACAAGGCUUUAGUGAAGGAACUGAGCGUGUCUCCACCAGGUGGAAAAGACCUUUACUUCUCGACACAAUACUCGCAGACAACAUGGGGACAAUUCAAAUUUUGCCUGUGGAAACAAUGGCUGACUUACUGGAGAAGCCCAGAUUAUAAUCUCGUUAGAUACUUCUUCACAUUGGUCACCGGACUUAUGCUGGGAACGAUUUUCUGGCAAGUUGGGAAGAAAAGGGAAAGCUCGACGGAUUUAACGAAAAUUAUUGGAGGAAUGUUUUCUGCUGUGAUGUUUGUUGGGAUUAAUAAUUGCGGAUCAAUACAACCGUUGGUAGCUACAGAAAGAACGGUUUUCUAUAGAGAAAGAGCUGCUGGAAUGUACUCUGCACUACCUUAUGCUUUCGCACAGGUGGUUGCUGAAUUACCGUAUGUUUUUGUCCAAACGGCUUACUUUACUGUCAUGGUUUACGCGAUGAUUGGAUUCGAAUGGGCGGUUGGGAAAUUCUUUUGGUUCUUCUUCAUAACCUUCUUCUCUUUUCUCUACUUCACUUACUACGGUAUGUUGACGGUUUCCAUCACACCGAACCAGCAAGUAGCUGCCAUAGCCGCAGCAGCUUUCUAUGCCCUCUUCAAUCUUUUCUCCGGAUUCUUCAUUCCAAAACCUAGGAUUCCAAAGUGGUGGAUAUGGUACUACUGGAUUUGUCCAGUAGCAUGGACAGUUUAUGGAUUGAUUGUAUCUCAAUAUGGCGAUGUAGAGACAACUAUUUCGGUUCCAGGAGUGAAACCCGACCCUUCGAUCAAAUCAUAUAUCGAAAGUCAUUUCGGGUAUGACCCUGAUUUUAUUGGAGGAAUUGCAGGAGGAUUGGUUGGUUUCACUGUGUUUUUUGCAUUCAUGUAUGCCUUUUGCAUCAAGACUCUAAACUUCCAAACAAGGUAGGAAUUCUUACUUCAGAUUCAGUUCUCUAUUAAGUAUAGACAAGACUGACAAAUCCGAAGAUGGUAUAGUCAUAAUUAUCUUAUUAGUUAGACUCGUUUAUUUGCGCGAUUUUAUAAGUGAAAAUCUAGACAUUUUGAAAGAACAAUUGAAGCAUGUAUUAUAUGAUGUUCAAUGAAUCAAACAUAGAAACUCCCUUGUUUUGAACUUUGACAUUAUAUUUAAUUACAAUAUACAAAGUAGUGGAAAUGAAUAAUUGGUUUGUAUUAUGAGAAUAGACAUGACAUAUGUAAUCAUAAUAUGAAUGAAUGCCAACCCACAACCACUUUUAAUUUCCAAUCAA